AAAGAUGGCAGCCCUCGCGACCCUCACUCAGCUGUCAAGUGGAAACCCUGUGUUUGAAAGCUUUUACAGACAGGUGGACCCAGGAAACACAGGGAGGGUUGGACCCACAGAGGCUGCCUUGUUCUUGAAGAAAUCAGGCCUACCAGACAUCACUUUAGGAAAGAUCUGGGAUUUAGCUGAUCCAGAUGGCAGAGGUUUCUUGGAUAAACAGGGAUUUUAUGUUGCACUGCGACUUGUAGCCUGCGCACAGAGUGGGCACGACAUCAGCCUUGCCUGUUUAAACCUUCCUGUUCCCCCUCCAAAAUUCAUGGACCACAGUAGCCCAUCGCUGAGUUCUGUAACAACAUCAAAUGAAAGCCACUGGGCUGUGCGGCCAGAAGAGAAGAGCAAAUUUGAUGGUAUUUUUGAAAGUCUUGCCCCAGUAAAUGGAUUACUGUCUGGUGAGAAGGUCAAACCAGUCCUAAUAAAUUCUAAACUACCUGUGGACGUCCUUGGAAAGGUGUGGGAUUUGAGUGACAUCGACAAAGAUGGACACUUGGACAAAGACGAGUUUGCAGUGGCGAUGCACCUGGUGUACCGUGCCCUGGAGAAGGAGCCCGUGCCCUCCAUCUUGCCCUCUUCUCUCAUCCCUCCAUCCAAAAGGAAGAAGUCAUCAGGCUCUUUGUCCAGCAUGGUGCCAGUGUUGCCAGGCAGCCCACCGCCACCAAAAGACAGCCUGCGCUCCACACCCUCUCACGGCAGCAUGAAUUCCCUGAACAGUGCUGGGAGUUUGUCUCCAAAACACACCCUCAAAUCCUCACAGCAUUCGAUAAACUGGGUCGUACCAGUCGCAGACAGAGGGCGCUAUGAUGACAUCUUCCUCAAAACAGACACUGACCUUGAUGGUUUUGUUAAUGGCCAUGAAGUCAAAGAUAUCUUCAUACAGUCUGGGCUUCCUCAGAACCUCCUGGCACAUAUUUGGGCUUUGGCGGACACCAGGCAAAUGGGUAAACUCACACGGGAGCAGUUUUCCUUAGCCAUGCAUUUCAUUCAGCAGAAAGUGUGCAAAGGUUUGGACCCUCCACAAGCUCUGACUCCAGAUAUGAUACCGCCAUCUGAACGAGGCACACCAGGACCAAGCCUAUCAGGGUACAUGACACCAGUGGGAUCUGAAAUGGCUGCACUAACAGAGAUGCGCCGGGACAGCUCCAGCUCCGUGGGUUCUGGCGAGUUCACCGGGAUUAAAGAACUGGACGAUAUCAGUCAGGAAAUUGCUCAGCUGCAGAGAGAGAAAUACACAUUGGAACAAGACAUCAGAGAAACAGAAGAGUCCAUUAGACACAAAACCACAGAGGUUCAGGAGAUGCAAAACAAUCUGGACCGAGAGACGUGCAGCCUCCAGGAGCUUGAGGCCCAGAAGCAGGAUGCUCAGGACCGGCUGGAGGAGAUGGACCAGCAGAAGGCAAAACUAGAGGACAUGCUCAAUGACGUCAGACAGAAAUGUCAAGAAGAGUCGCAAAUGAUCUCCUCCCUACAGAACCAGAUCCACUCUCAGGAGUCAGAUCUGCAAAGUCAAGAAGAGGAGCUGGGCCGAGCAAAGGCUGACCUGAACCGCCUACAACAGGAAGAGGAUCAGUUAGAGCAGAGUCUACAGGCAGGCAGGAUUCAGCUGGAAACCAUCAUAAAAUCCCUCAAAGCAACACAAGACGAAAUUAACCAGGCUCGUAGCAAACUCUCCCAGAUCCAAGACAGUCAGCAUGAGAUCAGUAAGAAUAUCGAGCAGUACAGCAGCACUCUCAAUGGAACCCACGGGGGCAGCAUGACCAACCUAGCCGACAUGAGCGAAGGCUUCCCAGAGAAAGAGAAUGGCGGCUUCGGGGCCAUGGAGGAUCCUUUUAAGGUGAAGGCCACAGUGUUCAACAGCGCCCCUCAGGAGAUGCAGAUGGAUCCCUUCCAGUCUGAGGACCCAUUUAAAACAGACCCAUUCAAAGGUGACCCUUUCCAAAAUGACCCUUUCUCAAAGCAGACCACCACAGUUGCAGAUCCCUUUGGUGGAGACCCUUUCACGGAGACUGACCCAUUUAGGACUUCUUCUGAAGAUUUCUUUAAGAAGCCCUCCAAGCCAGACCCCUUCAGCAAUGCUGAUCCUUUUAGUAAAAGUGCCACUCUUCCCUCAAAGAGUCAUCAAUUCUCAAGCAAUGACCCUUUCAGCUCCACCAGCCCCAAACCGAAAGGCCAAGAUUUCUUUGGUAAUUUGGACCCUUUCGGAAGCAGUUCAUUUGGCAGCAACAGCGGAUUUGCCGACUUCAGCCAAAUGUCAAAGGGCUUUGUAGAUGACCCCUUCAGCCGAAAACAAGAUAUGCCAGCUCUACCACCCAAGAAAAGCAUACCACCUCGGCCUAAACCACCCAGCGGUAAAAGCACUCCAGUAAAUGUUCCCGGAUCUGCGGAUUCAACCAAGACGAGCGAUCCCUUCCAGCCCUUCAACGCUGACCCCGUCGACCCUUUUCAGAGUAAAAAGGGGGUGGGAGACCCAUUUAGUGGCAAAGACCCGUUUGCUCCAUCUGCCCCAAGUAAAGCCUCUAAAGACUCUUCAUUGGGUUUUGCAGACUUCAGCUCUUUUGGCAAUGAAGCCCAGCAGAUGGAGUGGGCGAAACGGGAAAGUGAGAGAGCGGAACGGGAGCGGCUGAAGAGACUCCGACAACAAGAGCAGGAAGACCUGGAGCUGGCCAUCGCUCUCAGCAAGGCAGAGAUGUCUAACGCCUGACCCCUCCGCCCAACACCCUUCAGAUCCACCCCUCUAUACACUACAGCGACGAGAGUGUGUGUGGCUGCAUCCGAAAGCUUAUGGGCCACUUACACCAAACACGUUUUUGUGUCCGUAUGCAGCAUUUUAAAUAAUUUUUCUCUUUAAACGUGCAAGUCGGAUGUCUUUCAACAUUGUGCCGUAUCUCGCACAGGAGCGCCACGUUUAGGCGCUGUAUCAUGUUUAAAAGAACUUCAGCUAUUAAGAGCAUGUCUUGAGACACCUGAGUUUUUUUCUAUUCGUUGAGCUGAUUCUAGCUUUUUUUCCCCUGCAAAACAAGUUUUUUCUGAGAAGCAGUUGCCUUGCUGUCUCAGAAAACCUUUCAAGUCGCCAUAAUGUCAUGUCUAAUCAUCUAAAACAAAUUUAAGUGAACAUUAGACAUAACCAAGCAAAAUAUUUAGUAACUACAAUGCUUAUUUCUUAGUCUUAAUUAAAAUUUUAAAAUAGACAUUUAUAAACUAAUUCACUAAAUUUUUUCCUAACCACACGUACACACACACACACAAUUUUGGGAUAUUGAAGGCAGCAAAGGACACAUCUAAGCUGCUUUCAAAAACGUACUGGAUAAAGGCAUGUUAGUGGACAGCAUGUUACACAGAUAUCAGAUUCUGACAUGUUUUGAUGCCUUCCAAUCUCCUACGUGUAUACUGUCUGCGGUGGCAGCAUUUUUUAGCUUUCGGACGCAGCCAUCGCGCGUGUGUGUUUGACAAAGAUAAAGUAAAUGUGAGUGGUUAGAGUUCUUUUGUUUAUUAAUGUUGAAUCUGCUAAUUCACUCUACAUGCACUGCAUUAACCUCUCAGAUGGAGUAAAUUGUUUAUUUAAAGUGUAUGUAUGUGUGUGAAUGUGCAUCAACAGAGCCAUGGACAUUUGAAGACCGUUAUUGGUCUCCACAAGUCAUUAUCUCCGCUGUGUCUCCCAAACUCACACUAAAUGUUGGACUAAAAGGGACUAAGAAACCAGAAUAUAGAUGUGGAUGAGUUUUAAACAGGUAGGGUCAACCUCGAAACUUAAAUUACCACAGUCCCUAUUUUCUCUGAGCCCGUGUGCAAGGCACUUAAUUCCAAGUUUUGAAUUGGUCGAUUUGGUUACAGAGCAUGUGCUAAAUGAUAAAUUACUGGCUCCAGCUCUAGUCAGUAUGGUACACACUGGAAUUAGAGCAGCACCUUGCAGACUAAACGUCUGUAUAAACCUCUUGAGCGUAAAGCUGAAUGAGUGAUGCUCUGUUAUCUGUAAGUGUCAGUUAAAGGAGAGCCGUUUGAUUCAGACUGGAAAAAAGUGAAAAAAAGUCUAUCCUAAGUCAGAGGAGAACAUUAACAUAAAGUAACUGCACUGAUGUUUUUUAUUUUAUUUUUACCCCAGUAUUAGAAGAUACCUAGCUAGAUUAAGAAGUUUGAGGCCACAAUGAGCACGUUUACUUACAACGCAAUACUCUGAUAACUAUCAAUAAUCGGCUAUCAAAAAUCAUUCAUUAAAGCGAGAACUGAAGAAACCUGCGUUUACAUGAGAUUUGAAACCAUUCAAUCAUUCCCUGUUUUUGAUGUCAAAACAUAAACACACAUUGGAUAAGCCGGUAAAGGUGUUCACUUGAAACACGAUAUCAGGGGAAUGGGCAAAAAUUUAUGUACGGCAAUUGUUUUUGCUUAAACAAUUUAUGAUCUUACCUCAGUAAAGGUACGCCGUUUAAGGCGUUUACAUGAUGACGCACAUUGUUUGUUUACUAAGCAUAAUAAGUGGAUGAAUGUGUGUCAAGGCGAUCAAUGUUGCAUAAAUAACAACAGCUAAUGCCUAGAUGUUUGCUAUUAAGACUCUUCGCUACUUAGAUUUGCAGUUUCGUUGUUUGGAUUCUGUAUUUAUAGCAAUUUUAAAUUGUUGAUAGGGUAAUCCAUGGGCCUAAAAGCACGCCAGUUUUCGCUUUUGCAAAAAGUUAAAUUUGCGAACUUUUUCCCAAUUUCUGUGCUGUUUUUUAUCAUUUUCGAGUGUUAAAUAGAGUUAAGACAUUUAUCGGUAGCUGAAAGCGCAAUCAAAUUGGCAAAAUAUUUAAUAAAUAAACACGCAAGUGAUUGGGAUUUUGCGCAAGUUUGCAAAUGACGGUAAAUCAGAUUUUGUGGAAAUCGACGGAAUUUUAAGUGCCGUUCCAACACAGUAACUGGGUUUUGAAAUAGAUUUUUACUUACUGGGUUUCCAUCCAACAAUUUUUAUACAAAUGUAAAAUUUUGCUUAAGAAAACCUGAAUGGAAAAGCAGGUGCAUAAACUCUCAAAAAUGUAUGUGCUAGGCAGAGGGCAUAUUUAGGUGAUGGAAUUAGCUUAUGAUGUGCUUUAACAUUUGUGCACGAAAGUUUUGACUUGGCACACAAUUCUUCAAACAAAGCCAUUCACAUUCGGAAGUGUUUAACCCACAGUUGGUCAUUAAAGUGGGUCCUCACAAUCUGCCUGAACAGUUUUUAGCACGGGCCCUCUUUGGUAUACGGAGGCUGCUCUUACAAAACAUCUAAACUUGCCGCAAAUUUGCAGCUUGUUAUUUUCACAUGCAAAUGUUCUUUUGAUUCGCAGCAAAUGUCUGCCAGAAGAUUGCAGCUCUUCGCCAGUAGUGGUGUACCUCAGGCAAACCUUUGGCAACAAUGGACGAUUUGCAGAACUCUCGUUUUUUGUAAGGGUGGCGGCAAAGCAGCCAUAUCAGCCCUCAUUAUAUGAGAUAUUACACACUCAUUCUUCGGUGUUUAAUAAAUAAUUUGUACAAGCGUACAGCCACUCAAGUUUAAUGCACGUGAUGUAGUGGAUGAAAAAGCACAAUGAUUUGUAUUUUCUUUAGUCAAGUUUUUCUUAAAUGUGCCUAAAAAAAUGCUAAACAUCUGGAUGGAAACCCAGCUACUGAUGUUUUGUUUUGCUGAUGGCAUAUCCCUAACCUUUAGUCAGUAUUGAAUUAAAAUCUUGUUUUUAUCGACUUUAACGUAUUUGUGAUGGUACUGCCUGGCAUGUUUUUUUUAUGAAUUAUCGUAAUACUUUUAACUUUUGAAAUACAUCUGCUGUUCUUCAACGGUAGACACUCUCUAACUGGUACUAUUAACUUUUUUUCUUUUCAUUCAUUCAUACAAUCUCAGUUGAACAGCUAUUUCUUCUUUACUUUGAGUAUGAUGUGUGUCGAUCAUUUCUCUGCAGGCAAGUUCAUUGUAAUUUUAGCCUGUGUAAUGAUUGAUGCCAGGUGUCCAAGAAUUUGGACAGAAAUGUUGCGUAAUGUUAAUCGGAACAACUGUGACAUCCAUGUAUACUGCUAAUUUUCAACUAUACCAACCUUUUCUGGUUUUCUUGUCUUGUUUUUGGUUUGUUCCUCUUUUCUUUUCUUUUUUUACAUCCAAUCAACUUGUGUUGUUUUGACCUCAAAUAGCUGCUUAACACUCCUCCUUCAUGUUUGUGUCACUAAACAGUGUUACUCUAUCUUAUUUAAAGUAUUUUAAGUGUACACCGUCUAGCUCACACUGGAACUCUAGUGCUGUAGUUUUUCACGUGAAUAAUCCCUACCUGAACUUGAUUACUGUAGUACACUAAUCUAAAAUCAGCUUUGUCAUUUGAGCAUCGUAACAAACUGUAACUACGUCUUUCAGACUGGAAUCAAAAGGGAGAAGAAAGAAAUAUGGGUUUGGAACGACAUAAUGGUCCUAGAUAAGGAUGAAGUCAAUUCCUGGCCUAUAAUUGAUCUUUAAUGCUGUAAUGUAGGCCAGAAGUGGGCUGUAUUCAUGUUUAGGGCCAUUGGUUUUGGCUUUUCUGACUUUUACUGUUAUAAAAGUGAACAGAACAAGUGGAACUCUACUGCAAACCUUGUGUUCUGAUCCAUCUUUCAAACAUUGUGUUGUAGCACCUUUUAUGCUGGAUUUGUCCUGUAUACCUCCUUUGUGCAAUAGUUUGUAUAUUUUAUUUGUUGUAAUACCUGUAAAUUAAUUUCACAUUUUCAUAUCCUGUUUUGUUAUUCAUGUUUUUUCUUAAAUUAUUUUUUAUGUUGGUGUCAUACUUAAGGGCGUAUGUCCUGUAACACUCGAGCUGAAUGCAUUCCUUUUUGGCCUGCCUUUAACCCUCUCCUAUGUAGAUAAGACAGAUAUUAACCUCAUUAAGAAAUGCAUAAAAAAGUAUACAGAAACCAUGUAUAUUAUGUGCUAUAUUUGUUAGAUGAAACUGGAGUAAAUGCACACGUGUAACUCGAAACAUUUUAAGGAUUUCAGACUGCAUUGAUAGUGACUAGUGAUGCUUGGAUUCCUUUGGAAAUGUUAAUACUCAGUAUGUUGUCCCUUGAUUUCACAGAAUAAAGAAAAGAUAACAUUUCAGAUACAUUCAUACGUCACCCUUGUAUUCACUUCAGAUGUAUUUAAGAAACUUGAAGACAGAAAAAUGUAGAAUUGAGAAGGAUGUAAUACAGUGAAAGGCAAUUGGAAACUCAAAAACGUAUGAAUGUCAUUGCAUUAAAUAACAAAAUAUCAAACCAAGUGGCAUUUAUUUUAA